AUGAUGGGAAAACGAGAAUGUAUUUCAAUAAACGUCGGCCAAGCUGGCGUCCAAAUUGGAUCCAAGUGCUGGGAACUGUAUUGUUUGGAGCAUAAGAUAAACCAAGAUGGCCAGAUGAGUUCCGAGCGGACUGCUUUCAACGACAUUGACAACAUCGAGACCUUUUUUGCUCAGACGACUCAGGACAAAUAUGUCCCCCGAGCGAUAAUGUGCGACCCUCGAGUUCACCGUGCAGCGCCGAUGAUUUGUGGGAAGGAAGAUGCCGCAAACAACUUUGCUCGAGGUUACCAUGCUACCGUUGGACACAAUUUACUUGACAGUCUCACCGAAAAAAUUCGUGUGCUUGCGGAAAAUUGCAAUGGACUGAUGGGAUUUCUGGAUCUGUCAUUCCGUGGAGAG